GGCGGGAAGACCUCGGUGUCAGGCGGCCCGCCGCCCCCGCUAGGCCCGGGACCCGCACACCCGCCGGGCCGGGGACAGGCCGGGGACGGCGCGCAGUUGAAGACCCGCCGCACGGCCCGCGGGAGUCUCAGUGCGCGGACGGGCCGGCUCGGGUCCGAGGGGAGCCCCGGCCGAGGACGUGCCCACCGGAGGUGCGGCCCCCCGAGCUCCCGGCCGAGCCCAUCUGGGGCUGGGGUGCUCGGAGGAGGCUGACGGCCGAGGAGGCGUCCGCCGGGGGCGAGCGCGAUCCCGGAGAGCGCGGAGGAGCCGGCCGGAGCCCGGGCGGGAGGGAGCCUCGGCGCGCCGCCAUGCGCCGGGCGCUGUAGCCGAAGGCGCGGGCCCGAUGGAGCGGGCCGGGGCGCGGGGGCUGCGGGUCGGCCGAGGCCCGCCGGGGCUCCAGCUAGCGCUCGGGCUGGCGCUGCUGCUGGCGCAGCCGCCGUCGGGCCGCGCGGGGGCCCCCGAGGCACAGGAACCCGCAGCACCCGGGACAGAGGCCCCGGCCGGGGGCGACCGCUGCCGCGGCUACUACGACGUGAUGGGCCAGUGGGACCCGCCCUUCAACUGCAGCUCGGGCGCCUACAGCUUCUGCUGCGGCACGUGCGGCUACCGCUUCUGCUGCCACGACGGGCCGCGGCGCCUCGACCAGAGCCGCUGCUCCAACUACGACACGCCGGCCUGGGUGCAGACCGGCCGGCCGCCCGCGCGCGCCCGCGACACCGCCGCGCCCCGGGACCCCAGCCGCGAGCGCAGCCACACGGCCGUCUACGCGGUGUGCGGUGUCGCAGCGCUGCUCGUGCUGGCCGGCAUCGGGGCGCGCCUGGGCCUGGAGAGGGCGCACAGCCCGCGCGCGCGGCGCACCGUGACCAGGACACUGACAGAACUUCUGAAGCAGCCGGGCCCCCAGGAGCCACUGCCUCCACCUCUGGGCCCACCUCUGGGGAGCUGUGUCCAGGUGCAGAUGGGCGAUGGCCUCCCCGCGGGCUCCCCCCACAACGGCACAGACAAAAAACGCCCCAACAACGCGCCGCUAGGGCCGGCGACCCCCGGACCCCCGCGCGGCCCCCGGCUGCAAGGCGGCGGCAACAGGACACUGCAGCCCGACUACGCCAAGUACGCCACCCUCAAGGCCGCGGCGCUCAAGGCCGCAGAGGCCUCCCCGCAGGACUUCUACCAGCGGUUCCCCGCGACCGAGCCCGCCCCAGUGACCCUCCCGGCGCGGGCCCCGCGGCCUCCUGAGGACUUGCCGGCGCUGCUCAACGCCUGCCCCUGGGCCCCGCCGGGCUACGCGCCCCCCGCCGGUGCCGCCCCGUCGGGCCACUACAAGGCCUGGACCGCCGGCCGCCCGGCUCGGCUCGCCCCCCGCGGCCACCUGGCGGCUCAGGCCUCCCCCGCGCCCCGGCGGCCCAGCCAUGCGCCCCGGCGCCAGUUCAGCGUGGAGAAGCUGCCCGAGGCCUUCAGCCCGCAGCCUCCCGGCCUUUACAGCAGCGCGAGCCGCGGACCCCGACAUCUGAGCACCAACAGCAAAGCGGAGGUCACCGUGUGAAGACGGGGCCGCUGGUUCUCCUGAGGCAUCGCAUCGCCAGGAGCCUUCGUCUACCCGGAGUCGCCAUCGGCCCGGUCCAGGGACGAGGCCACGGGGAGGGGCGCCGACCAGAGGCCGGCCCUUCCACCUGCCCAAACUGGACUGCGGGCUUUGGAGCCUGCAGGGCUAAGAAGGGGCCUACUGGGUAAGGCCAGUGGUUCUGUCCUGGGGGUCCCAGGGCCAGGGUUCCUCGUGUAAAUAAACCCUUUCCUGUGGCCCCCACCCCAGAGAAUAAAGGCGCCCCAGCUUGGCUCUGAGAGGCGCUGAUGGC